AUGGCCGGCGAAACAACGUCUCUGCUCGCGCAGUCCAAGGGCGAGAUCCCGCUAGAGAAAGCUCCCUGGGCCACUGCCCUCACGUCACCGCGGGAUCCUACUCGCCGCCUGCCGCAGGCCAUCGCUCACCGCGGCGCCAAGGCCUCAUGGCCUGAAAACACCAUGGCGGCCUUCCGCGGCGCUGUCGCUGUCGGGGCCCAUGCCCUCGAGACGGAUGACCCGUCACUCAAACGCUGCUACGGCGUCGACAAGAAGAUUGCCAACUGUGACUGGGAGUUCCUCCAGACGCUCCGGACAGUGAGAGAGCCAAAGGAGCCGCUGCCGAGGUUCAAGGAGCUACUGGAGUGGUUGGCCACGCCCGGGCUGCAGAAGAUAUGGGUCGUUUUGGAUAUCAAGAUCGACGAUGAUCCAGAGGAGCUGAUAAGCGCCAUCGUAAGAACCCUGGAGGAGGUACAGAGUCCAGUCCCAUGGGACCAACGCAUCGUUUUGGGAUGCUGGAACGCAACAUUCCUCAAGACAUCCCGCCGGCUGCUCCCGACAUAUCCCCUUGCGCACAUCAGCGCCUCGCUGCUCUACUCUCACCACUUCCUCCCCGUGCCCAACCUCGGCUUCAACCUCCACCACAAGGCCCUCCUCGGCUUCCCGGGCGCCCUCUUCCUGCGCGAGAUCCAGCGCACCGACAAGCUGCUCGUGACAUGGACCGUCAACGAGCCGCGCUGGAUGGAGUGGUGCAUCCGGCAGAACCUGCGCCGCCCGCGGAAGGAUUGCGCCAACGGCGGGCCCAAGGAGCUCAAGGACGAGGGGGGUCUUGCUCCGGCGCUCAUCGACGGCGUGAUUACAGAUGACCCGAAGCUGUAUCUAGAAGUGUGUGAGCGGCUCGAGGAUGAGCUUGACGGGCGUAGGGUAAGACCCCCGAGGGGACUGCUAGGGUGGGUAUCUGACGGGGUGAGCACCGCGUGGACGUCCGUCACGUUCCAGCUGCUGGUGAUGGGAUUCUAUUUCGUAAGAAGGGCCCAAGGCAAGUUUGACUACCUAAAGGAUCGAAGGAGCCUGGAAGGAGGGUCAAGAUAGACGCGUUCAGUGUACUUGCGUAGAGGAGCCGGGACGUCAUGAUAGAUCAUGACAAGAAGGAGGGAAAGAAGGGCAAUAGGCUAGAUCAUCUCACUUCAACCUUUGAGACGGAUAUUUCUGGUCUUGAUGGUAGGAAACAAAAGCAGUCGCAAAGCACAGUUGCCAGUUGGCAUCAAUGACAUUCUUUGUCUUGCUGCUAUAGACUUGGGAACAUGACAUCGAGUUCUCGUUGGCCAACUCUCAUCAAACCGCUUCCCUAUUGCAUCGAGGCCAUGGUACCUAAUUGGCUGGCCAGGUCUCAUGAGCGCAGCAAUCCUCUUACACCCGGAAAUCCAUCUCAACUCCGAGUGUUAAGUAAGUAUUUACGCCAUAAAAUAAAUAAAAUAAAAUAAA